CUUAAUGCAUUUUCAUUUAUGUGGUUUCAGCCAAAAUGUCGCUCAUCCCACUGCUUUUCGACCAAGUCUACAGCAGGCCUGUGAGCCUGUUCGAUCAGAACUUUGGACUGGGACUCUACGACGACGAACUGCCCCUUUCCAUCCACAGCGGCUACAUUCGUCCCUGGAGGCACCUGUCCAGGGCCAACAGCGGCAUAUCCAACGUGGCCAGCAAGAGUGGCGCCUUCCAAGUCAACUUGGACGUGCAGCAGUUCAAACCUGACGAAAUUGCAGUCAAGACUGAAGAAAAUUUCGUGGUCAUUGAGUGCAAGCACGAGGAGAAGCAGGACCAGCACGGAUUCAUUUCCAGGCAGUUCGUGCGCAAGUACUUGCUGCCCGACAACGUGGACAAAGGGAAAGUAGAGUGCAAACUCUCCUCGGAUGGCGUCCUCACUGUCUCAGCUCCCAAGUUGGUUCAGGAGGGAACCAAGUCGCAGACCAUUCCCAUUCAGCAGACUAACCAGCCUGCCCUGCGCGGUGAGCAAUCUCAGCAGAAGAGCGCUGAGCAGGAGAAGACUCAGAAGGACAACUAAAUUUUGUUUCCUUUUUCACAAAUUGACUGCUAAAUUGUAAUACAUUUACUAAUGAUAGAUUUUAUGAAUGUAAACUUGUCCUAGAGCUAAAAGCUAAUUUGUAACAUUAUUUGAUCUUGUCACUGAUACUACGUCGAUUUCUCGUUAGAUAAAAGAACAAUAUUAAGUGUGUAUGUAUGCUCAUUAUCACUUUAAAUAAAUACUAAGGUUCCUUUGACAUAA